AUGGGGACGGUGAAUAGCGACGACGGGGGUGUCGCGAAAGUGAGUUUUGCAACGCCGAGGACUUUCGCGACAACAUUUAAGUCCGAUUUGAAGGAAACUUUAUUUCCCGACGAUCCAUUUCAUGACUUUAAUGGGAAGACAUUGCCCGAAAAGGCUAAGAAAUCCAUUAAGUAUUUUGUUCCGGUUUUUCAAUGGCUACCGAGUUACACCAGGAAGUUGUUUAUGUAUGAUCUUUUGGCUGGAGUCACCAUUGCUAGCCUCGCGAUUCCGCAAGGGAUUAGUUAUGCUAAACUCGCUAACAUUCCGCCCGUCAUCGGUUUAUAUUCAAGCUUCGUCCCCCCUUUGAUAUACGCAGUUUUUGGGAACUCAAAAUAUCUAGCAGUUGGAACUGUAGCUUCAAGCUCAUUGAUCAUCGCUGGAGCCAUUGAAAAAAGAGUGCACGAAGCCGAUGAUCCACAACUCUAUCUUAAUCUAAUCUUCACCGCGACACUCAUAUCCGGUGUGAUUCAGCUUAUUCUUGGUGUUUUCAGGCUAGGAAUAUUAGUGGAUUUCUUGUCACAUUCUACAAUUACUGGAUUCAUGGGUGGGACAGCAACAAUAAUAUGCCUUCAACAACUUAAAGGCAUUUUUGGUUUGAAGCAUUUUACUACCCAUACUGAUGUUGUUUCUGUUAUAAAGGCCAUCUUUAAGUAUAAACAUGAGAUAAGAUGGGAAUGCACGCUUGUGGGCGUAAUCUUUCUAAUCUUUCUUCACCUUGCAAAAAUGGUGAAACAAAAGAAACCGAAGCUAUUUUGGGUGGCUGCGAUAGCUCCAAUGGCGGUUGUGGCAAUUGGAUGCAUCUUUGCUUAUGCAGCAGACGCGAAGAAAUAUGGCAUCGCGAUUGUGGGUCCCUUGAAAAAAGGAAUUAAUCCUUCAUCUCUAAAAAAUUUGGAUUUUAAUCCCAAAUAUAUAUCAGCACCUAUUGAAGCAGGAGUCAUAACAGCCUUUGUUGCUCUUGCUGAAGGAAUAGCAAUAGGAAGAAGCUUUGCAUUAAUGGCAAAUCAACAAAUUGAUGGUAACAAGGAGAUGAUAGCUUUUGGUCUCAUGAACAUUGUUGGAUCUUUAACCUCUUGCUACUUAACUACAGGGCCAUUUUCAAAAACGGCAGUGAAUUACAACGCGGGGUGUAAAACACAAAUGACUAAUGUAGUGAUGGCAAUAUGCAUGAUGCUAACAUUAUUCUUCUUGGCACCCCUUUUUAGUUACACUCCUCUUGUUGCGCUUUCGGCCAUUAUUAUGUCAGCAAUGCUUGGUCUCAUCGAGUAUGAAAAGGCUUACCAUCUUUUCAAAACCGACAAAUUUGAUUUCUUGAUAUGCAUGGCUGCUUUUCUUGGUGUUGCGUUCAUUAGCAUGGACGUUGGUCUCAUGUUAUCGGUGGGGUUAGCUUUGGUUAGAGCCCUUUUGUAUGUAUCUAGACCAGCAAGUUCGAAGCUUGGCAAUAUACCUGAUACUGGUUUGUAUCGCGAUGUAGAACAAUAUCCCGGGGCCAUAAGCAUUCCCAAGACUCUUGUUUUGCAACUUGGUUCUCCAAUUUACUUUGCAAAUUCUAGUUACAUUAGGGAAAGGAUUUUGAGAUGGGUUAGAGAUGAACAAGCUAGUAAAGAUUCUCAAGGAGAUGAUGUGGAGUAUGUUCUAUUAGAUUUAGGAGGUGUUACAUCUAUUGAUAUCACCGGCGUCGAAACCCUAUUUGAAAUUCGUAGGAGUUUAGAAGUCCAAGAAAUCAAGGUUGUCAUAGUAAAUCCUAGACUCGAGGUCAUGGAGAAGUUGAUUGUUACGAAUUUUGUAGAUAAAAUUGGGAGAGAUCGCAUUUUUCUUUCUAUCCAAGAUGCGAUUGAGGGGUGUAAAUUUUCACUUGAACAGUAAAAAGAUUGUGGUAGUGAAUGACAUUGAUUAUAUAAGAAAGCAUUUGGGUCAUUUGUAUAAUGACCAUUUAUAUACUAUCAAUUUGCAAUAGACUUUUGCUAUUGUUGUUUGUACCU